AUGCCCCCUCUGCUGUGUCUCUGGCUCCUUCGGCACACGAGCUCCCCGGGCGCUGCCCGGGCAAGGAUACUUACGGUUGCCGACUGUCUGGCUGUCUGGCUGUCUGGCUGUCUCGAUAAUCGUCUGUCCAGCCCACAACAGACCGGCACUCCUGCCGACCCCAAAGAAACACCUACCCCCGGCUCUGCAAACAACAGCUCUCCCGUGAAUUUUGCUUCCCACGCCUCCUCGCUGGUCCCGUCUCGUCCGUCUCGUCUCGCCUGGUCUUGCCUCGUCUGCUCCACCUUUUUAUCUGCCGUCCUCGAUGCGGGCUAUUGUUGGCAGAAGCGGCAGCAGCGACACGCUAUUGUGCCCGUGUCGCCGCCCCUUGUCGCCUCCCUUCGUUCUGAUCAGCGCCAGGUCUAG